AUGACAGGUCUCCCAACCCCACCUCCCGCAAAAGAAGAUGAGCUGAUGUCCACUCCACUCCUACAGGCCACUGAAACACUGACUCCUACAGCUGUUGCCAACACUGCAGUCAUUGCAGUUGUUAUCACAGUGGUCUUUAUCACCCUGCUCUCAGUCCUGAUCAUCAUCAUCAUUUACCUGUACAAGAACAAAGGCAGCUAUAUCCCCUAUGAGCCCCCGGAAGGAGAAGCCAGUGUGACUCUGCAAAUGGAGAAUGCCUCAGUCCAGGGGAAGAAGGAGGAAUAUUUCAUCUGGUGGCUCCCAGGCUCCCAAAGAAUUCCUCUGGCAUCCAAGUGCAAGACUGAGUGUUUAAUUUAUUAG